UACUGUCAUUAAUGUCAGAAGAAAAAAUUGACAGUGACAAAACAGAAUCUACUGAAGUUAUAAAAUCGAAACGUAAUUUUCAUUUUGUGAUUGUUACGUAAAAACACAACAUGUUUCAAGUAAUUCGUCGUACAGCGAGUUUAUCUAAAACUCCGCUGUCUCGGUCUCUGCCUGCAUUCUCAACAUCAUCGCGGCUAGAUAGCCGUGAUCCCGUGCGUCUACAUGAGGCGCCAAUGAUUGACUCCGAUCUUGCUAUAUCUACUCCUGAUGAGAUUCGACAAAAAAAUCUUCUGGAUUCAACCAUUAAAGUUCCUGCAAAGGUGGACUUGACCCCUGUGAGCGGAGUUCCUGCAGAGCAUAUCGUCACUCGUCGUGUGCGCAUCUACCAGCCUCCCAAAAAUGCUAUGCAGAGUGGCACCAACAAUAUCCAUCAUUGGGAAAUGGAGUUUGAUAACCGUCAACGCUGGGAAAACCCCUUGAUGGGCUGGACAUCUACUGGCGAUCCACUUUCCAACAUGAAAGUGGCAUUCAAGUGCCCAGAAGAGGCUAUUGAGCAUUGUGAGAAGAAUGGAUGGAAUUGGUACUUAGAUGUGCCGAAAGUCCAGAAGCAAUUCAAACCUAAGAGCUAUGGAGUUAAUUUCUCAUGGAAUCGCCGCACCAGGGUCUCCACCAAGUAAACAUGUUAGUACAAUUUCUCAAUUGUCGCCAUUUUACAUAGACACUCUUGAUUAUAUUAGUAAAACCUAUUUAAUAUAAUGAUUUUAAUUUAACUAAAUUUUUUUAAUUUCAUAUCAAACUAGAAGAAUGUUGGUUAAAUAAAUAGUUGCUGUUGAA